AUGAAUAAUUUCCCAGACCCCAAGUGGAGGUUUUUCAAAAAGACUUCACUUUUCCCAUUAUUUCAUAACUCACCUCUUACUGCCAAUAUAUUCUCCUACCUUGAUGUAAAGAAAAAGGCGAAGAUAUUAAUGAGCAGCUUGAAUUCAUUCGGAUAUCUACUAAGUUUAAAGAGUAACUAUGAUAAUCUUUUUGUACUCUACUUGAAGUCGGAUGUAGUUUGCAGAGGUGACUUGAUGUUUGAUCAUUAGAAGGAUUUAUCAAUCUAUAAAUCAGUCAAAGUCAUUAAAAUUGAUAUCUUUUCAGAUGGAAAUUACCCUAGAGGUAUUAGUAUAACCUACUUGCUCGAUGGCUAUAAGUCAGAGGUCAAAACCUAUCUGACUAAGAUAUCCCCUGAUGAGGAAAUAAUCAAGACUACAUUAAACAUAAAAGCUUCAGAUACUAUUAAAAGCGUGUAGAUCACAAGGACAAAGAUAAUAACUUUUAUCAAAAUCACAGAUUCAGCAGGAAAUUAUAUAGAGGUAGGCGACAACUCCCAUGGUGAUCAGUUUAUAGGUGAGAUACCUGAUGGGUUCUAAGCACAUUCUUUUGUAGGGUGCAUUACUAAUGGUUAUCCAUUCCCUGCUAUAGUUGGUAUUAACCUUAACAUGAAGCACUAGGAAACAGGAGCAGUAAAAUUUGUACAACCAAAGCAAUUAAGUAUCACAGUAAAAAAUAUGGACCUUCAUGAUCAUUUUGAUCUUGUUUCCAAGCAUGCUCAAAAUUUUGUCAGAAUCAAAUCUAUGAUUUUCUACACCUAAAGUGAGAAGAUUAGCUUGGCUUAGUUAUCUAAGAAUAAUCUCGAUUACCCUCCUGAGUAUUAAACAAUUAACCCCAGAGAUUUAAUGAAUCUUAAGAAUAAACUAAAUGAGACUUUUAUUGACAUUGAAGUUAUUAAAGGCUUUAAAUUUACCUUUGUAAAGAACGUAAAAGAGGAUAAAAAGCUGUGUCCUUUUGAGGCUCGUGAAAAUCCUAACUGGAGAUGUAAGGAGUGGUACGAGGAUGAUGAGGAUGAGUAAAUUUUUUACGGUGUUAAGAAUAAAUCUAAACUCGCAUAGUUUAAGAUAGAUCUGGGUGAGAAUGAAUAUAUCACCAAGGUAACUGGGAUUAUGAACACGUAUAUAUCUAGACUAGACCUGACUACUAAUUUUGGCAAAAAAUACUCUGUGGGGCAUAAUUAUCCUGAUUUUUUAAAAGAUAUUGGGUAAAAAGAGCUGCCUAGGAAUAUGAUUCCUAAGCCUAGACAGUUCUAAAUGAAUGUGCCUAAAGGUUCGAGAGUAGUUGGCUUAAGCGGAGCUUUUAAUGAAAACUUGAUAACAUUAGAUGCACAUUAUGAAUGA